ACGUCAUAAGGGCUGCGACACGGCUGGUUCUGCAGUAUGUUGACAAACUUUUGCGGAUAAAACCAGUUUUCUUCUCUUGUCCUACAUAUGGAGAUCUAGUUGUGUAAAGAAGUGAAGAAACAUUGUUUUUUAUUUGGAUUCUGCCUGUUUAAGGAGGUUCCACUGAAAUAUGAACAAAUAAAAGAAGACUCGGUGCAGUAAGUAAUGAAAUUGAAUGAAAUCUGCUUGACAUGCUACUGAAGAUGGAGUUUGUUAAAGAAGAGUUUAAAGAGGAGAAUGAAGACAUCAGUAUUUCUGAGCAAUUCAGACUGAAUAAUGAAGAUAUUGAAGAACAAAAAGACAUGAUGAUGCUGAAAGAGGAAAGUCAAGAACUGAAUGAACUGGAGAAACUUCAGUAUCAGAAACCUGAACAUUGUUUUAGUGCAGAAAAAUCUGUCAGUUGCUCACAGACCAAAAAUAAAUUCUCUCACAAAAGAACUCGAAGAGCAAAAACAAAAAAACAGUCUUUCAUCUGCUCUCAGUGUGGAAAGAGUUUCCUCCAUAAAGGGAACCUUAAAAGCCAUUUAAGAAUUCACACUGGAGAGAAGCCUUACACAUGCCAGGAGUGUGGAAAGAGUUUCAGACAUAAAGGAAACCUUAAUUUACACAUGAGAUAUCAUUCAGAGAAUCUUUUCACAUGCCGACAGUGUGGCAAGAGUUUCACACACAAAAGAAGUCUUGAAGCACACAUAAGAUUUCAUACAGGUGAGAAGCCUUUCACCUGCUCUCAGUGUGGAAAGAGUUUCGCACAAAAAGGAAACCUUGAUUUGCACACAAGAGUUCACACAGGAGAGAAGCCUUACACAUGCCAUCAAUGUGGAAAGAAUUUCACACAAAAAGGAAGCCUUAAUUUACACAUAAAAAAUCACUCUGGAGAGAAGCCUUUUACAUGCCUCCUGUGUGGCAAGAGUUUUGCACUAAAAGGAGACCUUGGUUUACACACAAGAAUUCACACAGGAGAGAAGCCUUUCAAAUGCCUCCAGUGUGGAAAGUGUUUCACACAAAAAGGAAGCCUUAAUAUCCACAAAAGAAUUCACUCUAGAUAGAAGCAUUUUCAAUGCCACCACUGUGGAAAGAGUUUGGCAAAUAAAACAACCCUGAGAGCCCACAUAACACAUCAUUCAGAAGAGAAAUUACACCACUGUUCUCAGUGUGGCAGGAGUUGUUCACAGCUGUCCAACACCAGUUAAUACAUAUUAUUGUGAAAGCUAAUGUUUGCUUAGGGUGCAGUAAAGCCUUCGCCCAAAUCAGCACCUUGAAACAGCAUGAAAGGAUUCAAACAGAAGAAACACCUUACAAGUGUUCACAUUGUGAGAGAAGAUUUGCUCACCCAAAACAAAUGACAAAAUGCAUACUGGUGAGAAGACCCAUGACUCCACUCAAUGUGGGAGGAGUUUCAGCUCGCCAAGGACUCAACAGAGACAUUUAAAGAACUGCCCAAAGAUGUCACAGUGAGCAAACUUUAUUUUGAGAAUCUUUCUGUGUUCCAAAUGGGAUAAAUCCACCUCCGAAAGGGAUUUCAAAGGGACAGCAUUCCUGACUGCCAUGUUGAAGCUGAUGGGGUCAUAAAUAGCUGCUUUAAAGGGGCUUUAAAAUCGACGUUUCCAUAGUGUUCAGUUGAUGAGCACUAUGUUCCCACAUACUGUAAAGUCCUGAAGACUUUCCCUCUCUUGCAUUUGCACACACGAAGGAACCCCCAUGGUGAAGUCACCUAGCGUCGACCAUUUUCUUCUUGUGAUGUUUGCAUGCACAAUUCAACAACAACAACAACACCACCGAUGGAGGACACCAGGAUCAGAGCUACACUUUUAGGACUGUUUUACACAAACUAUGUUUUCAGGAUACAAUGUUUACACCCGUUUCUCCUCUUCCAGGAGGCUGGGCUCCUCCGUCCCCCGGAAGAUGGUUGCGGCUGCUCGUUGGGGUGGAUGGUAGUGGCGAGGACUCUGCUACGACACAUCCCUCCUUCUUUCCGGAUUUCGGCACCUGUGUAAAGGGGAUUAAGGAAAAGGAUGAGGCGAGAACAGGCUUGACAAUAUAAAUUAUAUUUAAUUAAGAACUUAAAACCAAAAGACACUAACACCAGUGUUUCCCAUUCAUUGACUAGACUCUGGCAGCCCGCCACAGUCUAAUUUGCGCCGCAACAGUCUCAUAAUGAACCGACAAUUUUUUUACACUUCUCAUCUAAAAUAUUUUUGCACUUUUCAGUCUCAUAAUAGCAUAAAAUAAAAGGUAGUGUUUUGCGCUCUCUCGCGCGUGCCUAUAAACUCAUGUGCAUGCACACACUCCCAGAUAUCUGCACUGGAGUAUUCCUGGAUCCGUCUAGUGUCAUUUGGUUGAGGACGAUGACAAAUCUUUGAGGUAAGUAACGUUAACAUAACAGCCCUCUACAUUGCGAGUAAAUUAAUUGCAAAAUCGAAUAAAUUUCGCACUAUGUGACCAAAAAACGUCUAUUAUUAGCAACUGGCAAAAAGUUAAUAUUAAUAUUUCACUCGCCAGUGAUAGAGUUGUGUAGUUUCGAAGCACCGAGUCCCUUUUACUGAACAAAAACAGUUGAUUAAGAAACAGCCUCGUCUUUCCCUGCAUGCAGUGAGACCCAGGCAAAUCACUCGCAGUUCAAAUGCAGGAAACAGAACCUCGAAGUCUCCCUUCAUUAGAAAUAAGGGCUUGCGAGUUAAUCAGAGAGCCUUAAAAUAAUGUGUGAAAGUGAAGAAUUUAAGGCAGAAAUAUUUUACUAUUGCAUAAUAUAAUAUAAUGGCUGUACAGGAUGGCUGGGUUACAAAAGAAAACAAAACAUUGAAAGUCCAGUGGAUCAAAAGUAAAUCGGACAAAUAAGAGAUAUAUUUUUACACUUUUAUAUUUGACUGUCAUUCAUGUUUUUGAAGCCUGAAAAGGAAAUCAUACCCUUAUUUUAUUUAUGACCCAAUCUAAAUAUGUAUAAAUUAAUUUGUUGUUUGCAUGAAGCACACAUAGUGAGGUUGUUUGGUAAUUAAUCGUCAUAUUCGGUGAAACACCUAAAACAGGCAAUUAAUCGUCAUAAUCACAAUUAUUUGUUUGACAAUUAUUUUUCAGCCAAUUUUUGUUUUAUUCUGGUUUUAGUCAUCUGUUGUAAGUAACUAUGACAUUUCCCAUAUUCAGUUGGUUUCAUGAGUCAAUAAACGAACCCCCUAGAGGGUCGGAGGUGCACCUCCCCAUAGUCAUACAUAAGCAGAAGCACAUUCAUAACACACAAACCGCGGCUGCACUGCAUGAUCCGGCUGCCGGCACUAAUAAUACACCAUGUAUUAUUAUAUAUCUGAAAGGAGGUGUACUGAAUUGGAGGUGUAUCUGUGGAUGUAUUUUAAGACCUACCUCAGUGCCUCUUUGCUUGACAUUAUGGAAAAUCAAAAGAAAUCAGCCAGGACCUACAAAUUGUCCAAAUGUCUGGUUCAUCCUUGGGAGCAAUUUCCAAAUGGCCAAAGGUACCACUUUCAACUGUACAAAUAAUAGUACACACGUAUAAAUACCAUGGCACCAUGCAGCCAUCAUACUGCUCUGGAAGGAGACACAUUCUGUCUCCUAGAGAUGAAUGUAGUUUGGUGCGAAAAGUGCAAAUCCCAGAACAACAGCAAAGGACCUUGUGAAGGUGCUGGAGGAAACAGGUAGACAAGUAUCUAUAUCCACAGUAAAACAAGUCCUAUAUCGACAUAACCUGAAAGGUUGCUCAGCAAGGAAGAUGCCACUGCUCCAAAACUGCUAUAAAAAAGCCAGACUACAGUUUAUAAGUGCACAUGAGGACAAAGAUCUAACUUUUAGAGAAAUGUCCUCUGGUCUGAUGAAACAAACAUGGAACUUUUUGGCCAUAAUGAUCAUCAUUAUGUUUGGAGGAAAAAGGGUGAGGCUUGCAAGCCGAAGAACACCAUCCCAACCGUGAAGCAUGGGGGUGGCAGCAUCAUGUUGUGGGGUGCUUUGCUGCAGGAGGGACUGGUGCUCUUCACAAAAUAGAUGGCAUCAUGAGGAAGGAAAAAUAUGUGGCUAUAUUGAUGCAACAUCUCAAGGCAUCAGCCAUGAAGAAAGCUUAGGUGCAAAUGGACAGUGACCACAAGCUUAAGCUCAAAAUGGCUUAAGGACAACAAAGUCAAAGACCUCAAUCUGAUAGAAAAUGUGUGUGCAGAACUGAAAAAGAAGCAAGAAGGCCUACAAACUUGACUCAGUUACACCAGUUCUGUUUGGAGGAAUGGGCCAGAAUUCCCGCAACUUAUUGUGAGAAGCUUGUGGAAGGCUUCCCAAAACGUUUGACCCAAGAUAAACAAUGUAAAGGCAAGGCUAACAAAUACUAACAAAUACUAACAAAGUGUAUGUAAACUUCUGAACCACUGGGAAUGUUAUGAAAGAAA